GCAUUCUCUCUCCCAUCUCGGUUAACGACGAACUGAAGUGUGGAGCAAAAUAGAACUAAAACCCAUUUGGAAACCUAAGAAUUCUGAUCGGUUGAUUGAUAUUGAGGCACAAAUUCAACGACGAAACAGGGUCUGGGUCUGCUGCGACUGAGAACGAAAGGAGAAUGAACUGACUUGGACUAUUUGUUGAUGGGAACUUGUGAAGUUUAGGGCUUGGAAGAAUUGCAUUCCUCUUUCCAUAUGGCGUCGAAGCUUCUGUAUCAGCUUCUUUGCCUUAUUGCUCUAUUUCAUCUCUGCAUUUCAGCUCCGUUAGCACUGAACCAGUUGCAGUCGGUCCCUGAUCUUGAGAAGUCAAUGUACACGGUUAUCGAUGGAUUUCCUUGCGUGCGAUUGCUGAACAUUGAUGGGGAAAUUGGCUGUGGAAAUCCCGGUCGUGACAAGGUUGUUGCCCCAGUUGUCAGAUUCAAAAAUGCUGAUCAAUUGCUGCAGAAAUCUACAGUUUUGUUAUCUUUAGAUGAAGUUGAAAGUUUCUUCCUUAGGCUGUCGAAUGACUCAAAUUUGCUUCGAAAUAUUGGAGGUGUUUUGGUGGGAUCUGGUAGUAACAUUGAAAGCAAGUUAAAAGGUUUCUCUCCUGCGGAAAAGUUCCCACAAGCUGAAUUUUCCCCUUACCAAAGCACAAAACACCAGUGGAACCCAAAUGGAUUAGAUAUUUUGAGGAAUGCCUACAAUUUCCCUGUAUUCUUGCUUUCUGAGAACAGUACAGUUACCUUGCUUGAGUCUGCUACAAAGAAUGAGGCGAGAAAGAAUGCUUAUACAAAAGAUUUUGCUGAAUUUAAUCUUGUGAUGCAGACGACAAAAUCAGGUACUCAUGAUUCAGAAUCUUGCUUGAAAGAAGGAACAUGUCUUCCACUAGGAGGAUACAGUGUUUUAUCAGCAUUUCCAGCUUUGAAUUCAUCAACCAAGAAGCAACCAAAGCCAAUCAUAUUGGCAGUGGCAUCCAUGGAUUCAUCUUCUUUAUUUCGUGACAAAAAUUUUGGUGCAGAUUCCUCUAUAUCUGGUUUGAUUGCAUUAUUGGCAGCUAUUGAUGCUCUCUCUCAUGUCAAUGGUUCACAAGACUUUGGGAAGCAGCUUGUUUUUGUUUUUUUCACUGGAGAAUCCUGGGGAUACCUAGGCAGUCGAAGAUUCCUACUUGAGCUUGAUCAGCAGUCAGAUGAUUUUGAGGGUCUUAACAGCACAUUGAUUGACACGGUUUUGGAAAUAGGAUCUGUUGGGAAGGCAUUUAAUAAUGGGGUCCAGUCCUUUUUCACUCAUUCCACUGGUGUUUCAGCUGCCACCAAUAGAACUUUGGAUGCUUUUCAACUAGCUGAAGAAUCACUUAAUGACAUCAAAAUAUUGAAAGCAAGUGCAACAAAUCCUGGAAUACCUCCAUCCUCAUUGAUGACAUUCCUGAGAAAGAAUCCUCAAACUUCUGGGAUCAUCUUGGAGGAUUUUGAUUCUAGCUUCACAAACAAAUAUUACCAUAGUCAUCUGGAUGAUCAUUCAAAUGUCGAUUCCUCGGCCAUAGUGGCAGCUGCUUCCCUUGUUGCUCGUACCCUUUACAUUCUUGCCAGUGGCGAGACCACUCCUAGUUUGUCAACUAUAAAGGGUAUCAGUGUAAAUUCCUCUCUUGUUGAAGAACUGGAAAGUUGCCUAUUGAAGUGCGAUCCGGGCUUAUCAUGUGGGCUGAUAAAGCAAUAUAUAUCAACUACUGGUGCCUGCCCAAGCCAUUAUGUGGGUGUUAUGGCGGAGGAACCUUCCUCCUCUCCUGACCUUGUAUAUGUGAGCGAUAUUUCAAGGUUUUUGUGGAACUUUUUGGCCGAAAAAACAUCCAUGCCUUCAGAGAAUGUUGCGUCUGAGUGCACUAGUAAUUGCACCAAGAAAGGUGCGUUGUGCAUUAAAUCAGAGAUCAAAGGAAAGGGAGUUUGUGUUGUUUCCUCCACCAGAUAUGUUCCAGCAUAUUCAACAAGGUUGAAGUAUGAGGCAGAAGUAGGUUGGAAGGUAUUGCCUCUCAAUUCCUCGGAUCCUUUGAUGUUGAAUGAUCCUAUUUGGACAGAGAGCUUUUGGGCAACAAUUGGGCUUAGGGUUUACACUGUUCAGGAUGCUACUUAUGACCGUCUGGUCCUUCUAGCUGGCCUUGCUGUUACGUUAUUGACUUACGUUGCAACUGUAGCAACUAAAGGGUUCAUCAUCAAGGCCUUGAAAAGAGAUUGAAUCAAUUGUAAUGCCCUAGAAAAGGCUAAUUUGUUUCUGAAAUUCUUCAGCUUCAUGGUCUGACUUGGGGGAAAUACGAAAUGUAAAACCUAUGUAAUGGAGCAUUGAAUUGUUUAUUCUGAUUAUACAAAGUCUUUCAAUUUUAGAAGCAUUUAUAUUAACCAUU